GAGAAUUGACAAAAGUACUGUAUGUUAGGAGAUUGCAAAGAGUGAUCUAAUAUGUUGUGUGUAUGUGGCUGAGCUAUCUGUAGAGUUCUAGUUAAGAGUGGAAGAUUUUAUGAGGGGGCUAACAAUUAAAAAACUGGUUUUUGCUGAUGAACAGCAUUUUUUUCCCAACUGUUAGUAAAAUGUUCAUGAAUGUUGGGGGUGAAGAGAUGAAAUAGAUUAAAAAAAAGAAAAAAAAACUUUGUUCUCAACCAGUUGUGUUUGUGGAAGGCGUGAAUCUUCUCUUGUGGGCUUGACUACAGUACUUCACUCACGCUGGCGUCAUACCAUUGUUCCACCUGAAAAUUAGCAGGAAGUACUCGGUUUCCAUUCAGUUUACCAGACGCUCUCUGAGGCUUUUCUCUCUGAAAGACAAUGGCGGAAAACUAUAUUUUAAGAUUACAGGACGAGUUUGUCUGCUGCCUGUGUCUGGAGUUACUGAGGAAUCCUGUGUCCUUGCUCUGUGGGCACAGUUUCUGCAAAGAGUGCAUCGAAAGGUUUUGGAAUAGUGGUGAGGAAUUCUUAUGGCGCUGUCCUACGUGUGAUUUUCAAUACUCGGACAGACCCGUGCUCAAUAUUAACAUCAUUCUGAAUAAGAUUGCAAGGGAUCUGAGUGCUCUUAUGCUUCCUGAGACUGAGAGUGCUCCUGGAUCGCAGGUUAUCGAAUGCGAUGUCUGUGUGGACGGCAGGAGUAGAGCGGUGAAAUCCUGUUUGACUUGCCGGGCCUCUUUCUGUGACAUUCACAUCCAGUCGCACCAGAAUUGCACCACUUGGAGGAAUCACAGACUGGUACGGCCCAGUGGAAACCUCCAGGAGAGCUUCUGCAUCAGGCAUCAGAAGCUGCUCGAGCUGUUUUGCAGAACUGAUCAGACAUGCAUCUGUUCCCACUGUGGGAUUACUGAACACCGGGGACAUGAUCUUACGAGUGUUGAAGCGGAGAGGGUGGAGAAAGAGACUGAACUGGAAGCAGCAAGGACUAACAUCAGGAACAGAAUCCAGCAAAGACAGGGGAAUGUUGGGGAACUGAGACAAACUGUGAAUCGGAUUAAGGCCUCUGCAGAAAGAGAGUUACAAGAAACUGAGAGGGCCUUUACUGUGCUGAUCAAUAGCAUUAAUGAGACCCGCAGGAAAGUGGUACAGCUGAUAAAAGACAUGGAGAGGACAGAAGUGGAGAAGGUGGAAGGGCCCAUGAGGCAACUACAGACCGAGAUCAUGGAGUUGAAGAGACGAGAUGAACAUCUUGUACAGCUGUCAGAGUCGGAGGACUCCAUUCAUUUUCUCCAGAACUUCACAUCCCCGUAUGUCCUCCCGGAUGAAGAAGACCCUCCCCAUAUUGACGUGUGCACCGAGGUCUCCUCUGUUGACCUGAGGGAGGAGCUCUCCCAUCUCAAGGAGCGCCUGGAGCAGAUUGGCAAAUGGACAUUCUUACGUGUUGACAAUACAGAUCUUCCAGUGUUCUUCCUGAUACCACCACAACCAAGAAACAGAGAGGACUUUUUACAGUAUUCCUGUCAGCUCACACUGGAUCCUGAUACAGUAAAUGAACACCUCUCAAUAUCGGAUGGAAACAGAAAAGUGAUGGGGAAGGACAGAACGUCCCACUAUCCCGAUCAUCCUGACAGAUUUGACAGUGUGCCUCAAGUCCUCUGCCGGGAGGAUCUGUCCAGGACUCGCUGUUACUGGGAGGUGGAACGGAGUGGUAAUCCCAUUGUGAUCGGAGUCGCUUAUAAAAGCCUUAGUAGGAGGGGGGGGAACAGUGAGUGUAUCAUUGGAGGGAACAACAAGUCCUGGUGCUUGUUCUGCUCUGAUUCCAGUCCUUCUGUAUGUCACCAGACCGAGAUGACAGAAGUAGCUGGCCCCCUCUGCAGCAGAAUUGGGAUUUAUGUUGACCGUUGUGCUGGUACUUUAUCAUUUUAUAACGUCUCGAACACAAUGACGCUUCUGCACAGUUUCACGACCUCUUUCACUGAACCACUGCAUGCAGGUUUUUGGGCGAACCAAGAUACAAGUUUAACCAUUUGUUAGGUAACUGAAUAUCUUGGCCAUGGAUUUCAAAUUUAAGGUCCUAAAUUAAAUUUUAAAGUUUUUGCUUUGGUCCAAAGAGGAUCUAUCUAUCUAUCUAUCUAUCUAUCUAUCUAUCUAUCUAUCUAUCUAUCUAUCUAU